AAUGCAUUGUUUCCCAUGCUCAGUUACAAAUUGCACUACAAUGGAAUUUACAUUACUAGAAAUUGCUCGCGAUCAGUGGUCAGCGUUGAGAGAUUUAUAUACCCACGACCGGACAAAUCUUACGGGUUUCGAUCUAAUCAACUACUUUAUAAAUUACAAGGCCUCAUCCGAUGCCGACUUAAUCAAGAUAUAUACUACUGAUAAGGAUUGGAUCACACAUGGCAGCUAUAUUCUUAUCCAUCAAUUAGAUAACAGGGCCUAUGUUUACCUCAAUACCCUUGAUCCUAAAUCCUUAGAAGAUCUAAAGGCUUUGUUGUGUUACCUGGACUUGAAAGUGUUUCACUGGAUAUGUGGCUAUGGAGAACAUUUAAAGCCACUUGUUGAGCAAUAUUGGUUGAAUCUCGGUCAAGACUUGUGUAAACUUGAACAUCUGGGCACUAUUGUUUAUCACCUGCCCAAAUCCAAAAUCCCAUGCUGGAAACCACAGUUCAAAUCUUUGAUUAACGUUGGUUAUCUCAGUGCAAAGCAUGCAGCCUUGGUCGAUCAACACUGGGCCUAUCGAACCCCCGAUUCUUUGCCCUGGAUAAGGGGGCUUAUAGAGAAGAAUGCUUCUGCCGGUGUUUUUGAUGCCCGCGGAGAACUUUUGGCUUGGUGUCUACGAUCUCCCCAUGGCAGCCUGUGCAACUUGCAUGUGCUAUCCUCGCAUCGUCGGCAAGGAUUGGGAUCUUUGGCAGUGCUUUUUAUGGCUAAUGAAAUAAAGUCCUUCGGCUCCGAAGUUCUAGCCACAGUUGUUUUUGAUAAUGAGGGCUCCAAAAAAUUGUUUGAGAAUUUGGGAUUUAAGCCCAUCAAUAAAUUGUACUGGGCAGUAAUGCCACCCCUUCAUUAAAUAAUAAUAAACAGCACCAAGCGGUUCUUAUGAAUACGUCAUAAAACUGGUUAAUCAAUUUUCCCACUUAUCAGGAAAUGU